UGACUCCUGGCAAACCCCAGUUUGCGCUCCCCCCAUCCCCCCAGCCCCACCCCUGGAGCCGGGGCGAGGGGGGCGGCCCCAAAGGGGGAGGGGCGGGUCAGAGUGGGACUCCGGGGAAACGGGAAGUGCGGUCACGUGGCUGCCCGGGCGUCACGUGAGCCGGCUCCGGGCGGGGGGGUCAGGCUGCCUGGGGGGAAGGAGUCGCCCCCCGGCUCACCCCAUCGCUGGUGUAUCGGGCGGCCCCGAGCCGUGACCCCCCCCCGCCCCCGCCGCCGCCGCCGCCGCCAUGGAGCCGGACGGUUGGCAGCGUCUGUCCGACUCGGAGGAUGAGGAGCCACCAGCGCCACCUCCUGCCUGCGCCACCUGCUGGAGGAACUUAGCCGGUUUCUGGCUGCUCGGCCUCUGCAAUAACUUUGCCUACGUGGUGAUGCUGAGCGCGGCCCAUGACAUCCUGAGCCACCAGGGGGCACCGGACAUCAACGGGACCACCCAGACUCCCCCGGUGACACCCCCCAGCAGGAACUCGUCCAACACGUCCCGCUAUGACUGCAACCCCAUCUCCACCGGGGCUGUGCUCUUGGCUGACAUCCUGCCCACCCUGCUCAUCAAAUUCAGCGCCCCCUUCUACAUCCACCGCGUGCCCUAUGGCCCGCGGGUGGCACUCUGCAUCCUUUGUGCCUGGGGCAGUUUCCUGCUGGUCGCCUUCUCCACCACCGUGGGCAUGAGCAUCGUGGGGGUGGUCCUGGCCAGCGUCUCGUCGGGGCUGGGGGAGAUCAGCUUCCUGGCGCUCACGGCUUUCUACCCCAGCGAGGUGGUGUCGUGCUGGUCGUCGGGCACGGGGGGCGCCGGCCUGCUGGGGGCGCUGUCGUACCUGGGGCUGACCCAGGCCGGCCUCAGCCCCCGUCACACGCUGCUGCUCAUGCUGAGUCUGCCUCUGGCCAUGCUGCUCAGCUAUUACGUGCUGCUGGUGCCCCCCCCCGCGGUGCCGCAGUGGCGCUGGGGUGACUCCGCUGUGCUGCACGACCCCCUGCCCGCCGCCCGCCAGCCCCUCAUGGCGGGGGCCCCGGCCAAGCAGGGUGGCGGGGCCGCAGAGCUGACGCUGCAGGCCAAGGGGCGAAUUGUGAAGGGUCUCCUGAAAUACCUGCUGCCCCUGGCGCUCGUCUACUUCGCGGAGUAUUUCAUCAACCAGGGCCUGUUUGAGCUGCUGUACUUCCGGGACUCGGCUCUGACGCACGCUCAGCAAUAUCGCUGGUACCAGAUGCUCUACCAGGCCGGGGUGUUUGUAUCCCGGUCGUCCCUGCGCUGCGUCCGGAUCCGCCACAUCUGGGUCCUCGCCCUGCUGCAGUGCCUGAACAUGGUGUUCCUCCUGGCCGCCGUGUACUUUAUGUUCCUGCCUAGCAUCUACCUGGUCUUUGCCCUGGUCCUGUACGAGGGGCUGCUGGGGGGUGCCGGCUACGUGAACACCUUCCACAGCAUCAGCCUGGAGAGCCCGCCGGAGGAGCGGGAGUUCGCCAUGGGCGUGGGCUGUGUGGCCGACACCCUGGGCAUCUCGCUGGCUGGAGCCGCCGCGUUCCCCGCCCACGACUACUUCUGCCGCCUGCCCUGAGCCGCCCCCCCCAGCCGGCCGGUGCUGCUGGCCUCCCGCCUGUCUGUGCCUCAGGGGCUGGGAGGGGCCGAGGGUGCAGGGGCUGGUAUGGAGCUGGCGGGGAGGUCCGGCCCCAAUAGGAGCAGGACUGGGGGGCAUUGGAGUCAGGGCAUGGGGGGCGUAUGGGAGGGAGCAGG